UUGGUCGGCUCGUCUUCCUCUCCUCUUCCUCCCCGAGCUUCCGCUUCCUAUUCUGACGGACGCUCCGGCCGUAACGAUGAUCGGGGACAUCCUGCUGUUUGGGACGCUGCUGAUGAACGCCGGGGCGGUCCUCAACUUUAAGCUGAAAAAGAAGGACACGCAGGGCUUUGGUGAGGAGUCGAGGGAGCCCAGCACAGGAGACAACAUCCGGGAGUUCUUGCUGAGCCUCAGAUACUUCCGUAUCUUCAUCGCCCUCUGGAAUGUCUUCAUGAUGUUCUGCAUGAUUGUGCUCUUUGGCUCCUGAGCUCCAGAUAUGGAACCAGGAACACACCUUCUCAGAUGCCGAGUCUCCCUGCCUCCGUUCCUGAUGACUUCAAGAAUGUUUUUGACCAGAAGAAUGGUGACCUUCGCAGAAAGCCCAAACGCGUGGUGGGUGGAAAAAAUGUUCGCCACGAUGCACAGCCACACUACUGUUUUCUUUUCAAAGAUAUUUUCACUCUGAUCCCUGCAUUGAAAUGCUGUCAACUUAAGGAAUUUGAGGAGGGUUUACGCAAGGGGCUGUGAUAACAUUGCCUUCCGAAAAGAUAAAAGAACCUACCUAGAUUGUUGAAUCAGAUUAGAAUCCCUCUUCUGCCAGGCUUUCACUGGAAACCCGUUUCUGGGUGUUGCUUGGUUUAUUUUUAGUAACCAUCCUUUUUGAUUCAAAUGAUACAGGUUUUUAAAAAAUCUUUUUUAUUCAGGGAUCUGAAGCAGAAAGGUUGCCAUUUAAGUUUGAUGCAGCCUCUUAUGGGACUGCAUUUUUGAGGAAUGAGCAAGUUCAUUGUUGCUGAGUCUGUGUCCAAGUUCCUUCCCAUCCCGCUGGGCUCUGCUCAGCCACUCUGUGCCACUGAGGGUGUCCCCAGGUCUUUAAGGGUGAAGUAUUGCUGAUUCCCAUGGAGGAGAGGUGCAGAACAAUUGACGAGGCAGAUGGAGGUUUUAUGAGAAAUUUUGUCUUGCCUUGAAACCCUCCAGUAAAGUAAUUUUGGGGGCCAGUAAUUAUACAGUUUCUAGAACAAGAGUGAUUUACGUGGUAAUAUUGGGACCCAAUUUGGAAAGCUUGGGUUUUGGGGUCUGCUUUUUAGGUGGGUGAUUUCAAAGUUGAAAAACAAUAAGACUCAUUGGAGGAAGUACAGCAUUUUGCACAGAAGCCUCUUUGAAAGGGAGUCCCAGAUGAAUCACCAAAAUGACACCCUGAGGGUCAGCUCCCUGACCCCACUGUGUUUAAUUUGUGGUGGAUUUUCAAAUCUUGACUUGUAGGGAAUGUGGGGGAGGAAAAAAUAAAUAUGCAGGCUUUUAGAACUAAACAGCAUUGAAAAUAAAAGCUCAUUUCUAAAAGGA